AUGUAUGUCAAAGACGUCGGAGUGUUUCCUACUUGGAUAAGCUUCCCCUACAAGACAAAGCGCAUCCUGUGCCUCGCCAUCAACGUGCACAUUAUACGCCCCGAUCGAAGGACUGUUACUGAUGAGUGGAUUAGUGCGGCUCGCUUCCCUAUGGUCCUUGAUAAAUAUGGAGUCUAUCGACGGCCAUCUCCUUCGCCUUUUUGGAACUUCUAUGCCGUCGUCGCUCUCUAUCCUCUGAACCGCCUCUCGAUAAAGGCCACCACCAACGAAACUCACAAAACGAACCUUAAAAAGGGCAGCAGCAGCAGUAGUAGCAGCAGUUUGAAUCAUCCGACCACUGUCAUGGAUGCCCACCUUAUCCCCAUGGAAGCAACGCCAUACGUGGUUGACACGCUAAGUGUUCAUAUCAAGCCACACGGGCACAAGGCGAACGGUACCGCUAUUACCACAGCCGUAGAGGACAACUCUAUGCUGGGUCCCUUUUACAAGGAAGGAUAUAUUCAAUUUGGUCGUGAAGUUUUCGAAGAUUAUGAUGAUUACUCUGAAUCUUGGCAAGAUUACGAGAUGCAACAGGCGGAACGAGCCGCAGGACUGCUUGCAAGCGGGCAGUUGGGAGCCCUUUUCGGGGAAGCCAUUCGCGACCAGGUCGACUUCCCACGCCAUGAGUACUUUAUUUAUCUGAGCGUGCUGGCGAACAGCGUAGGCGAGAUAACUGUUCCUACAUCAGACGGCCGCGACUUUUGCCUCAAAUCCAUGCACACCGCAAGCUGGGUUUCCACGCGCGAGAGCGGCGGCAACGAAUGGGAGACGACGAAUAUCUCCAAAGCCAUAGCGGAAGAAGAAGCCUUGGAUGAUCCAGCCCAAAGCUACAUUGAUAUGCUGAAAAUAGCCAAGCGGAGGAGAGCCUUGGGCUGGCAAGCACAAAGCCUACAGGCCUAA